GCAGAACAAAACACUUGUGCAUCACUUUGUGGCAAUUCAUGUCCUGGCUUCAUCUCAUGCUUAAUGCUUACCAUUUGCUGAAGUUAUGGAGGAUAUCUUUGUGAUUAUUCUGCCUUUAUUCUGCUGGAUGGCCACCUCAACUGCAAGCCUUCAGGUGUUGGGUCCAGCCCAUCCCGUCAUGGCGUUCGUGGGUGAAGACGUGCUUCUGCCCUGUUACCUUUCACCCAACAUCAGUGCUGAGAAAAUGACGGUGACCUGGAUGUUAAACCACACGCGUGCACUGGUGGUGCAUCACUACACAAACGGCAGUGACAGAGAUGACCAACAGCACGCUGAUUACAGAGGGAGGACCGCUCUAUUCAAGGAGGAACUCAGCAGUGGAAAUAUUUCACUAAAACUGACCAACGUCAAGGUCUCAGACGAAGCAAACUACACAUGCUCUAUUCAAAACGAAAACUGGGUGAAGAACAUGUCUGUGCAGAUCAAAGCUAGAGCAAGGCCUCAGGUGUUGGGUCCAGUCCAUCCCGUCAUGGCGUUCGUAGGUGAAGACGUGCUUCUGCCCUGCUACCUUUCACCCAACAUCAGUGCUGAGAACAUGACGGUGACCUGGAUGUUAAACCACACGCGUGCACUGGUGGUGCAUCACUACACAAACGGCAGCGACAGAGAUGACCAACAACAAGCUGAUUACAGAGGGAGGACCGCUCUAUUCAAGGAGGAACUCAGCAGUGGAAAUAUUUCACUAAAACUGACCAACGUUAAGGUCUCAGACGAAGCAAACUACACAUGCUCUAUUCAUGAUGGACACUGGCAUGAGAAAAUCUCUUUUAAGAUCAAAGUCAACGCAAGGCCUCAGGUGUUGGGUCCAGUCCAUCCCAUAAUGGCGUUUGAAGGUGAAGACGUGCUUCUGCCCUGCUACCUUUCAACCAACAUCAGUGCUGAGAACAUGACGGUGACCUGGAUGUUAAACCACACGCGUGCACUAGUGGUGCAUCACUACACAAACGGCAGCGACAGAGAUGACCAACAACAAGCUGAUUACAGAGGGAGGACCGCUCUAUUCAAGGAGGAACUCAGCAGUGGAAAUAUUUCACUAAAACUGACCAACGUUAAGGUCUCAGACGAAGGAGACUACACAUGCUCUAUUCAAGAUGGACACUGGCAUGAGGAAAUCUCUUUUAAGAUCAGAGUUAACGGGAGAUUGACUGACCGUGCUCACUCUGGGAAGGCCGUUCUCUGUGUUUUGUUGGGCGCUGCCUUGGCUGUCGGAUUGUCACUAUGGCUGUUUCGUGUCAAACGCAGACUGAAGGAAUCAGAGGAGUUAAGACUACAGAAAGAACUUGAAAUGACAAGGAUGCGUUCUGAGGUUGAAGAGAUGAGGAAGUAUGGAGUGAAUGUGACCCUGGAUCCCACCACCGCCCAUCCACAGCUCGUCCUGUCCGUUGACGGGAAGCAGGUUACCCACGGAGACACGCCGCAAAGUGUAGCUCCCAGCACGGAGCGGUUCGCCACGGACCUCUGCGUCCUGGCCCAAGAGGGCUUCACCUCUGGCGCGCACUAUUACGAGGUGCAGGUGCGCGGGAAGCGCGACUGGACCGUGGGUCUGGUCUGGGAGCACGCCAACCGGAACGGCCCGCUGAAGGACUGCGCGUGUGACCUGUACCUAGCCCUUGAGCUGCGCGACGGAAUUUGCUAUUCUACCGAGUCCCGCGCCGCUGUCGUUCAGCUAAGGGAAGACAUCCAGAGGGUCGGAGUGUUCGUGGACUACGACGAGGGCAUUGUCAAUUUCUACGACGUGGGGGAUGAUUACAUCGCUCAUUUAUAUUCGUUCAGUCAGUAUUGCUUCGCUGGAAAAACACUCUACCCUGUCUUCAGUCCUGGGGCCAGUGGUCUGAAGUCUGUUCCAUUGAUUGUGCUUCCGGUUGGGGACUUUGAAUUUAAGCCUGUGCCAGAGACUGUUUAGUAAGGGCUAUGCUGCCUUGCGAGGUUAAAUUAAAUGAAAGGCCUCCUGUGUUAGAGAUGGAAUUGUAGAGGAGGUGACUGGAUCGUGCCAAAUAGUCCAACAGGGGCCGGGGCCCGGGCCACUGUGUGUUUGGUGGUGCUAUUGAAUGUGUCGAUUGGCAUACAGGAGGGAACACAGCAUUUUAGUCAGAAUUUCUCUUCUUCAAACUUCUCUUCAGUUGUCUUCUCGAAGUAUAGGUGUGUUUGUGUAAAAGAGACACAUCAGAGUGAUUGUGUGUGUGUGUGUGUGUGGAGUUGUGAGUUAAUCAAGCCAAAAUGGCUGUCAAAGACUAAUUAGAGUUUUCUUUAUAACAUAGAAAAUAUGCUAUUACGCUAUUAUAGAGUUGUAUAUAGGUCCCUGGUUGUUGUGGAUGGAUGGUAUGGUACCACUAUCUUGGCACACUGAGCCGAGCAGAGAGGGCCUUUGACCUGGGAAGCAGCAGAGCGUAGUGGGACUCUGGAGGCCGUUCUGUGUCCUCCUCCACGAGGAAGAUCACAAGCGCGUCUGAAGAGUCAUCAUGCAUAUAGUCAUGGGCUGCAAGGUGCUGUGAGAGAAUUUCUAACUCCGGCGUGCGCUUUCAUGAGGUGCCGGCCUGAGUUCCUUCGUGGCUCUGUGGCGUCCCCCUUACAUCAGCUUCCCGGGCCUGUGAAAAAUCCACUGCAAUAUUCAGCGCUGAAUUAAAUUUGGAUACCUCUGCAGCUGCAACUUUGACCAUGCCGACCAAUCGAACUGGAUGAAACUUGACCUAGGUCUGUGUAUGAGCAUAAUGUGAAUCUGUCAUGCAGAAAUGUGAGGAUGAAUGAUGAUUGUUUUUAAAUAGUAGAGUCGUACACUUUAUUAUUAAGUUGUAUAAAGUAUGAAUGUAAUUCUCCUGAUUUAGUAAUUCUCCCGCAGGCAUCAUGUAGCCUGAGUAGUCUGUUGCGUUUUAAAAAGACGUAACGAUGGGAAACGAUGGGGACAUUUAGAAGAGAUUUAGCAAAAGAUGGUGUAUUCUACCCUAAUACGUAUAUUUUCAUACAGCAACAUGAACGGCAUAUAGAUCUCAUGCGUGUGC